AUGGGGCGAUAUCGAAGAAAGAAGAUGCAUAUAGGGGACAAGCCAUUAAAGGAAAAAUAUCGCACAAAGCGGAGGACUCGAGAUUUGGAUCUCAUCCAUGAUGACAUGAAGGUGCCGAGUUUACUCCUCAAACAGCAGGUGGAUCUGGAUAAACCAGGUGCUGUCCAGUUUUACUGCCUCCACUGCGCGAAGUACUUCAACAACAAGGCUUUAAUUGGUCAUUUUAAAAGUAAACCCCACAAAAGAAAAUGGAAAGCUUUAGAAAUGGAGCCCUACAGCCAGGCUGAGGCCAACAGAGCUGCAGGCAAGGGUUCCUAUGUAGCCCCAAAACAAGUGUCCGUGAUACCUCAAGAGAAGAUGAUUGUGGCUGGGAAUGAGGACACGUCUGUGAAAAAAACUUAUUGUAGACUGAAGGGAAAGGCCACGAGUAGGAGAUAUUGUCUUCUAUUAGCGUUGCAAUUUCCUCUGAAAGAUCGUACAAUGAGAAUCUCAACACAUGGAAUACUUAACCACCAGCGAGGAUUGAAAUACCAGAAGACGCGCGCGCACGCACGCACACAGAGAGAGAGAGAGAGAGAGAGAGAGAGAGAGAGAGAGAGAGAGAGGGAGAGAGAGAGAGAGAGAUAG